AUGUUGAGAAGCUCCCUCAGACAGAGUAAUCUACUCCGAGCCACGCGUGUGCCAUUUAUAAGGCCAUUCUCGUCGUCACUUUUAAAGUUGCAAGAGACUCCCAAGUCGAAGCCUCAAGAUGACUCAAAGGUUGAAAAUAAACCCAAAAGAAGGCCGUUGAGUAGAGUUGCAAUUGGUGGAUCAAAGGAUUCCUUGAAACAGUUCAACAAGGGCAGUGGAUUAGAAUUUGCAACAUGGAAAGCAGUGGUGAUCCUCCUCGUGUUUGGUGGUAUUGGUACAUACUUUUUUCAACAAGAAAAAGCCAGACUACAACGUCACAAGGAAAUGGAGCAGAAUAGAAAAGUUGGAACUCCUCUAAUUGGUGGUCCAUUCAACUUGGUAGACGCAAAUGGGAAUCCUUUCACAGAGAAGAACCUUGUUGAUCCCAAGGGGAAAAAGUUUUCAAUAUUGUAUUUUGGAUUCACCCAUUGCCCUGAUGUUUGUCCUGAAGAGCUUGACAAGUUGGGCGACAUGUUGGAAAUUCUCAAAAAGAACAACGUUGAGAUUCAACCUAUUUUCAUAACUUGCGAUCCAAACAGAGAUACGCCUGAGGUCGUGGAUAUAUACUUGAAGGACUUCCAUCCAGACAUUAUUGGAUUGACGGGAGAUUACGAAGAGGUUAAGAAUGCUUGCAAAAAGUACAGGGUUUAUUUUUCAACACCGCCAGAUGUCAAACCGGGCCAAGAUUAUCUCGUUGAUCACUCCAUCUUUUUCUACGUUUUGGAUCCAGAGGGAAACUUUGUUGAUGUUAUAGGUAGAGAAGCAUUGGCUCCUGAAAGUGCCUUGAAGAUUACCGAACUUUCCGAAGCGUAUAUUCCAAAAGCGGAAAGAGAAGCUAAACAAAACGGAUUGCUUGGAUUUCUUUAUAAAUAG